AUGAGAAAGCUGUUGGUUUUGGCAUCUCUGAUUUCGGCCGUCUUGGGCAGGAAAACCUUUGAAGGACACCAGGUCCUGCAGAUCACAGCAGCCAAUGAUGUGCAGAUCUCUCUGCUGAAGAAUCUGACUGAUCAUGAACAUCUUGAGCUGGACUUCUGGAGGGAGCCCGUUCAUGAGUCUCUGCCUGUUGAUGUUCGUGUUCCCUCAACCAGUCUUCACAGGGUCAAGAGCUUCCUGAAGAACAACAAAAUCCAUUAUAAAAUCAUGAUUCAGGAUCUUCAGGUCCUUGUGGAUAAGGAACAGCAGGAGAUGAUGCGCUCUCGUGCUCAUCAGCCCAGAUCCACUGAUGACUUUGACUACGCCAACUACCACACCCUGGAUGAGAUUAAUAGCUUCAUUGACAUGCUGGUGAAGGAGAACCCUCAGUUAGUUAGCAAAAUUGUGAUUGGUCAAAGCUACGAGCGCCGUCCGUUGAAUGUUCUUAAGUUUAGCACUGGUUCUAACCGCCCUGGUAUCUGGAUCGACACUGGCAUCCACUCCAGAGAAUGGGUUACCCAGGCCUGUGGAACCCGGUUUGCUAAGAUGAUUGCGGCUUCCUAUAACCGUGAUCCUGCUCUUACUGCCAUCCUUAAUAAGUUUGACAUUUUCUUGGAGAUCGUCACCAACCCUGAUGGAUUCCAGUUCACCCACACCUCUGACCGCAUGUGGCGCAAGACAAGGAAGCCCAAUCCUGGAUCACCUUGCAUUGGAGUUGACCCCAACAGGAACUGGGAUUCUAACUUUGGAGGCCCUGGUUCCAGUAACAACCCAUGUAAAGAGAACUACCAUGGACCUUCUGCCCAUUCAGAGUCUGAGGUAAAGGCCAUUGUGGACUUUGUUAAGUCUCAUGGCAAACUCAAAGCCUUUGUGUCCAUCCACAGCUACUCUCAGUUUUUGCUCUACCCCUACGGCUACACCAAGACUCGUUGCAAGGACAGGAAGGAACUGCAUAAACUUGCAAGGAAGGCCAUUGCUGCCUUGAAGAGUCUGUAUGGCACGAGUUACACAUAUGGCAGCAUCAUUAAAGUCAUUUACCAAGCUAGUGGUGGCUCCAUUGACUGGACAUAUGACCAGGGCAUCAAGUACUCCUACACCUUUGAGCUGAGACCUUUGCAGUCCAGUCUCUAUGGUUUCCUCCUGCCUGCUGAUCAGAUCAUCCCGACCGCUAAAGAGACGUGGCUGGCCCUCAUGGUCAUCAUGGAGCACACCAAGAACAACCCCUACUGAACCAACAGUUGGGUUAAAUGAUGACGCUUCAGGAACCAAUCUUCUGACUAAUCUUCAAAUGAAUGAAUAAAUGAACGAAUGAAUAAA